CAUCAUCCAUCAUCCAGAUUAUGGUUUAUCCCGCGUGUAUCUGUAACCGGUCAAGUCGAUUAAAUAUCAAAAAGGUACCUUUUCUUUUUCUUUCCAUUUUCUUUUCGCUCUGGCAAGCCAUCCAUCCUCCAAGUAUUUCUACUUUGUUCGCACACCAAAUGUGGCCAAUCCGGUUUUUGUCGUCAAAGGGCAUCGUCGGCGGUCUGACUCUCCUUCUUCAUCAGAAAGUGCUUACACUUCCUCCUCAGCUUGGCUUCACCUGGAUUAUUUCCCGUG